AUGGUGAAGGUCUCCGAGUUUGACAAGGUCUUCAACGAGGCUCAGCGGCAGGGGCGGCUCUCCUUUUACUUCACGAACCGCGGCGAGGAGGCGUGCUCGGUCGGCUCGGGCGCCGCGCUGCGCGACGACGACUGGGUGUGGCCGCAGUACCGCGAGCUCGGCGCCACCUUCUGGCGCGGCUACACCAUCGAGGAAGCUGCCAACCAGUGCUGCCACAACGAGCUCGACGCAACCAAGGGCCGGCAGCUGCCGAUGCACAUCGGCUCGCCCGAGAAGCACCUCAUGUACGUCAAGUCGAACCUGGGGCAGCAGGUGCCUGCCGCCAACGGCGCCGCCUACGCGAUGAAGCUCCAGCGCAAGGGACGGUGCUCCAUCACCUACUUUGGUGAGGGCUGCGCGUCGGAGGGCGACAUUCCCUCGGCGCUGAAUAUCGCGUCCGUACACGGCUGCCCGACCAUCUUCUUCUGCCGCAACAACGGCUAUGCCAUCUCCACGCACACCGACGACCAGUACAAGUCGGACGGCAUCGCGCCGCGCGGGGUCGCGUUUGGUAUGCCCACAAUUCGCGUCGACGGCAACGACCUGCUCGCUGUGUACGCCGCGACGCGGGCGGCGCGGCGCAUCGCCGUCGAGGAGGGGAAGCCCGCGCUCAUCGAGGCGAUGACGUACCGCAUCGGCGCGCACUCCACCUCCGACGACGACUCCAAGUACAGGCGCGCCGACUCGCCCGAGGAGGGGUACGACAGCGAGCGGGCGUACUGGGACGCGCGCUCGCCAAUCGUGCGCUUCGGCCGCUUCCUCGAGGCGCGCGGCUUGUGGACGGCGGAGGAGGAGACAGCGCUGCGCAAGACGGAGCGUGCCGCGUCCAUCAAGGCGCUCAACGACGCGGAGAAGCGUGCGCAGCCGCAUGUCAAGCACCUCUUCACCGACGUGCUCGACGAGCCGCCCUGGAUGCUGCGGCAGCAGCAGGCGGACCUCAAGGCGCACCUCGCCAAGUACAGCGAGCACUACGCCGAGGUGACCGCCGAGCAGAUCGAGUCCAUGUGAGCGCAGGGCUAAUCACUUCCCCAUUGUACGUCCCCGCACCCUGCUGGGCUCUUGCAGCCACCGCACCCGCGCGCGCAGAGCCAGAGGCCAGAGAGCCCACACGACCUGCACGUGUACGUGUCCAUGACACUUGAGACUUGUCAGGAGGUGUGAAACAGGACCACAACCCCAGAACCACACACAUUCCAGAUAUUUCUGUAUACGCCAUAUCUCAAAAA